AUGGUCUUCUGCUGCUUCGGAGGAGGGCCGUCAUCUCCACGCGCCCGUGAAAGCAAAGGCACGAAAAGCAAUGACCUAAAGCCGGUGGUGAUGCGCGCGGUGGGCGCGGACGGCGCGCUGCCGCGGUACUCGCAGGAGGAGCUGCGGCGGGCGACGGGCGACUGGCGCACCAAGCUGGGGGAAGGCGGCUUCGGCGCCGUCUACAAGGGCAUGCUGCUGCUGCCGGGUGGGGGAGCGCGCGGGGAAGGGGACGGGGAGAACGGGGGGGAUGAGGAGGAGGAGGCGGAGGAGAGACUCGAGGAGACACUGGAGGGGUUGGAAGUGGCGGAAGUGGAUGGGAAGCGGUUUCUUCCGGUGGCGGUGAAGAUGUGCCAUAUGGAGGAGGAGGAAGACUUGGGGGGAAGGGAGCAGCUGAUGACGGAGAUCAUGGUGAUGACGGCUUUGCGCCAUCCCAAUGUGCUGCGGCUGCUGGGAAUGGCCGUGAUGGGAAGAAACAUCUCAAUGGUCUCUGAAUUCGUCCCUGGGGGCGAUGUUUCACAGCGGCUAGAAAAAGCAAGGGAUGGAGAAAAGCCCUUCCCCUGGCAGGAGCGACUGCGUGUGGCAGAGGGGAGUCUUGAGGGGCUGGCUGCGAUUCAAAAGGCAGGCUUCAUUCAUCGCGACUUUAAGGGCGCCAAUGUGCUUCUAACCAAGACACUCGUUCCCAAGGUGGCGGAUUUCGGAUUGGCCAAGUCAUCCGGGGACAAGUCACAUGUCACGACGCGAGUGGCUGGGUCGAUGGGCUACAUGGACCCUGCUUACUUUGAGCGAGGAUACCUAUCCACGCACUGCGACACGUUCGCCUUUGGAAUCUUCCUGCUAGAGCUUAUAACCGGAUACCCCGCGUUGGACGAGUCCUUUCAAGAGCCCAGGGAGAAGCUGAACGACCCAGACUUCACAGAUUACAGCGAAGUGGUUGAUAAAAGCCUUGAGGGGCAGUGGACGGAGGAGCAGGCGAGGUUCCUGGUGGGGGUGGUGCGCGGGGCCAUUCUGACUGAGUGGGAUGAUCGACUCACCUUGGAGCAAAUACUGGACGCAUGGAAGACUCAUAUAGUACUUGAGGGGUAG